AUGAAUGAUAAAAUUCGAGAAUUUAUCGAAUGUUCACUCCAUAUCGAUACAACAACAGAUACAUCACAUAGUGAAGUAAUUAUGGAAAAACAAGAAUUAUAUGAUGUAAUAAUAGCAAUUUUUAUCGGUGAUAGAAUAACUAUAAAUGCUAUGAAUCGAACAUCAGAUAAUAAAUUCGAACAAGAAUCUUCAUUUGGCAAUGAACCAAAAAAUCCAAUUGCUAAUACACGUGUAUCAAAAAAAAGGGUGCGUUAA